UAUCAAUUUCUUCAAUAUGUACCUAACGAAAUACGACAAAACAAACUGAAAUGUUCCGAUUUUCACAAAAUUUAUCCAAAAGAUUAUCCAGAAAGAAGAGCUCGAAAGCCGCGGAAAAACAAUUCAAUGAAGUUAAGAAGAUACUUUUAUUGGGCACCGGUGAGUCUGGAAAGACCACCAUCAUCAAACAGAUGAAGAUUUUACAUAUCAAUGGUUUUUCUGAAAGGGAACUGAAAGGACAUAUUCCUGACAUCAGAGCAAAUCUACACGAGUCGAUUUUUGCAAUUUUGGACAGUAUGGAUAAGAUUUCACCCCCCAUAGAGGUGGAAUAUGAAAAUUCGAAACAUUCAGUGGAGUAUAUUCUGGAACUGGGUAUAAAUUAUUCUACAUUCGAUCCGGAAUAUUUCGAUCAUCUACAACAACUAGCCUCGGACCCUGGAAUAUGGAAAGCCUUGAAGAGAUCAAACGAAUUCCAGUUAUUGGAUUGUGCAGAAUAUUUUUUGGGAAGAAUUAAAGAAAUCAGAAGAAACGACUAUUUACCAAAUACCCAGGAUAUUCUGUUUUGUAGAAUUAAAACGACCAGUAUCAACAAAAUAGAGUUUACCAUAACCAAUGACAAAAAAUUUGGUAGCAGUCAUCCGAAAUUUUGGAUGUAUGACGUUGGUGGACAAAGGGGGGAGAGGAGAAAAUGGAUACAGGUUUUCGAAGGAAUAGAUGCAAUAUUAUUCCUUAUAGCAGCUAGUGAAUUCGAUCAACAUCUUAGAGAAGAUCCGACCAAAAAUAGAUUCCAGGAAUCUUUGACUCUUUUUGGUGAUAUAUAUGGCAGCAGGUUUCUUAGAACUGCUGGUUUAAUAGUGUUCCUGAACAAGCAAGAUCUUUUGAAGAAGAAAAUUAAAGAGGGAAAAAAGCUACAGGAUUAUUUUCCUGAGUACAAAACGUACGACAAUAAAGAAAGAAAAUCAUAUUUCAAUGACGAAUAUGAAAAAGCCAAAAGUUUUAUGAAAGAUAAAAUCCUGGAGCUGGUGCAGCCUCUUUCUGUGGAGCAUGUGGGUUUCAUCCCAGGAAAAUUCAUACACGAAAUAAUACCUAAGAGAGACGUUUAUAUUCAUUACACUGUGGCAACAGACACAAGAAAUAUAAAGACUGUAUUUGACUGUGUUCAAGAGAUAGUUUUGAGACAGACUAUCCACGAAUUAUUUUGAAGUAGUUUAUAAUAAGUUUACUCAAAUUACUAAACUAUACAUAAUAACAUUUUGUGACCUACAAUAGGGCAUUCUAACUAAAAGAUUGGUUUGGUGUUGGGGGUUUUGCCCGCCCUAAGGUAUUACCAAUAGAAACAAAUGAUUUCGACAAUUCAUUAGAGUGCAUACUUUGGCUUUCUGAUUUGAAAUUGAGGUGUUGUGAUACUAUUAAAAUAUUUCAAUGUGAUAAUAUUUUAUUACAAGGAAAUUUUAAAAUGAUUGAAUACUUACAAUAAAUAAAAUAAUAUAUGAACAU